AUGGCAUUAAACACAGAAUUUGAAAAAGCCUCCUCUGCAAAGUCCUCCACUGAAGCUGAAGUCAGCAUGGUGUCAGAAGACCGGCUGGUGGAUGAGCUCAUGAAGCAGAAGGUUUCAACUGUGCGUAAACUGUGCAAGGCCUGUAAUUUGGAUGCAAAGGGGUCGCGGAUGGAUCUGAUUCUUAGACUUAGGCAAGAGAUGAAGACACGACACUCAUACGACAAGAUAUUCCAGAAAAUCUGGGGAGCCUCUGGUGGGUGGUCAGUGAUUCUCUGCCCACAUGGUGUGGUGUACAGUUUGAAGUUUAACCUGCAUGCAGAGUCUCCACGAGAUUUUGCUGACCUUAUUCUAUCCUGGAAACAUCUGCCAAAUGUCACAGUUUAUGACUUUGCUCGGGGUCUGGCAACUCAUGUCAACCUACGUUGGCCAACUGUGAUACCUUUCAAACCACAUGAAGGGAGAUUGGCUGCAUCGACACCACAGAACAUCACAGCAGCUCAGCAGAACAAACUCAAGAUCUCACUACCAUGGCUGACUGAAAUGUUGCAGAAUCCUGAUAAAGAUGGGCAUCCAUGCACUGGCUCCCCAGACCACUAUGUCUUGUAUGACAAAUUUCAUGAGGCCAAUACCAAAGACCCACAGGAAGUGUUGAGGAGGAUCAACCUGGUUCCAGAACUUCAGGGUUCAUUGAAUAGCCAGGUGGCCGAGCAACUUUUUUCAUGUAUGCGCAAAAACAACUACUUCCUCAACAACAUGGCAUCCUCAACACACGUUUUUUUGAUGAGAAACCUAAUACAUCACAGAAACAACAAAACAAAUGCACAGCUUUUAGAAAAGCAACUACAGAGAGGACGUGAGUCACAUCGUUUGCAAGACAUCACACUGGACAAAUUUGGACAAGCAGUAUUUGGACACCCAGCACCUGAUAUGCCUACACAGCAUCAUCCUGCAGUAGCUGAAACACCUCAGCAGCUCCAUGUGCUCCCCACUGACCCAAACACAGGUAGGUAG